AAGUGAUCGCUAUUACGUGUCACCAAAUUUGACUGUUUUUUUGUGAAGUGAGAAAGAAAUUACCAAAGCCAUGCAAGAAUCAAGCGCAAAUGUCAAAUGUCAGUACUUCGCUGCAUUUGUGGUGAAUAUGCUCUCUGCUGGAUAUGGAGUCACAGCCGGCUGGGCGAGUCCCAGCCUUAUUCUUCUAACAUCGGACGAAACACCAUUGCAAUCUGGACAAAUUACGAUGGAUGAAGCUUCAGCGGUCGCUGCGCUUACUAGUCUUGGUGGUUUGAUUGGAAAUAUAUUUUUUGGAUGGAUUACAAGCAAAUUCGGCCGAAAAAAUCCUUUGGUGUUCAUGACCAUUCCAACUAUUAUAAGUUGGCUACUAAUCUUAUACGGACAAAACGUUUUUCACCUAUACGCAUCGCGCAUACUUAGUGGUUUUGUAGGCGGUGGAAUAUUUGUGAUAGUUCCUGCAUUUUUGUCCGAAAUAGCAGUUGAUCGUGUACGAGGAGUAUUGGGCUCUAUGUUGACAUUAACGUGCAACGUUGGUAUAUUGCUUGCUUUCAUAUUCGGAAAAUAUCUGGAUUAUUUUGCAACUCCAAAAAUCGUAAUUGCUCUUACUGUUGCAUGUGCAAUUUUACUUUUCUUCUUACACGAAUCACCAUCAGUCCUUAUUAAAGCAAACAAAACCUUAGAAGCCGAAAAAUCAAUUAAGUUCUAUCAAAACUUGAAUGUUAAUAACGAUAAAGAUUUCAAGCAUCUUCAAUCAGAAAUGAAUAGAUUACAAAACACCAUCGCAAAUGUAAACGAAGAUAAAACCAGUGACAAUUCGUUCAAAUGGUCCGAUUUAACAGUUGCGCCUGGUAAAAAUGCCAUGAUGAUCGGAAUCGUUUUGGUGCUAUUGAAUCAGUUCUGCGGAUGUGUGGCGAUGUUAAAUUACACUGCAAAAAUUUUCAAAGAUGCCGGAUCAAACAUGGAUCCAAACAUGUCAGCGAUUGUCGUGGGAAUUAUUCAAUUGAUUGGAUCUUAUGUGACCACAAAUCUUGUUGAUCGAGCUGGACGAAAGUUCUUGUACGUAGUAUCAUCGAUUGGAAUUGCCUUGGGAUUGAUUACGCUCGGAACAUAUAUGAUGUUGAAAACAUCAGGCUACAAUGUUGAAAUAUUCAACUGGGUUCCGAUCACUAGUUUUUCAUUCGUAAUUUUCAUCGGAAGUUGGGGAGUUCUAACUCUGCCAUUCUUAGUCAUUUCCGAGAUUAUGCCGGAAAAAUUGAAAAAUUUCGGACCUUCAUUCUGUAUGAUUAUUUUGUGGUCUUCACAAUUUCUUGUUGUGAAAUAUUUACCACUUCUCACCGAUACUCUUGGAUUCCAUUAUACACUGUUUAUAUUUGCUGGAGUUUGUUUAUUUGGCGCCAUGUUCAUCAUUGCAUCAAUGCCCGAAACAAAAGGAAGAAGUUAUGAUGAAAUUAUGAAAAUGCUCCGAUAAAGACAAGCACAACGAACAAUAAUUUAUUUUUAGUUUUUUUUUUUUUAUAAAUAAGAAGGAGAUUUGUUGUUCGGACAAUCAAUGACAACAAAACAUUAACAAGUAUGAGCAGGUCUUAUACAAAUACUGUUUUUCAAAUAAAUUAUAUCGAACUUAUAAUCUCAUUCAAUUGUUGAAGAAAUUGCUGCUUUAUCAGAAAAGGAGUAGCAUUGUAAUAGCAAAGCCAUUGCAAGCUUAAAUAAUAAAUGCACAAGUGCAAUUGAAUAA